AAGUACCGUGAGUAAGAUUACAGCCAAAGGUCGGUUUGAGAAAGCUGUGGCGAUGGCUGUAACUCUGCGAGCUUUUCACUGUCGGGCAGCAGCGCUGGACAUUGUGGGAACGGGAUGGAGGUCCAGCCACAGCACCGCGAUCAAAUCCCAGUACGACGCGCUUAUAAUCGGUGGAGGGCACAAUGGACUGAUUGCUUCUGCGUAUCUGCAGAAGGGAGGUUUAAAAACAGCAGUACUAGAGCGCAGAAGUGUACUUGGUGGAGCUGCAGUGACUGAAGAGAUCAUUCCAGGCUUUCAUUUUUCCCGGGCCUCUUAUCUCCUCAGUUUACUCCGCCCUCACAUUUAUCAGGAUCUAGAGCUCAAGAAACAUGGGCUGAAGGUGUACAUGAGGGAUCCCCAUGCAUUUACCCCCAUGCUGGAGGAAGGGGUCAGAGGGCAGCCCCCUCGCUCUCUAUUACUAGGCAAUAAUCUGGCAGAGAAUCAGAAAGAGAUUGGAAAAUUCUCAAAGAAAGAUGCAAAGGCUUACCCUGAGUAUAUGGCACAUUUGGAGAAGCUUGCCUGUGCAAUUCAUCCACUCCUUGAUGCACCACCUGUAGAUGUCCUAGGAAUUACUGAGGGAUCCUUGAGGAAAAGAUUUGCAGCAAUGAGAAGUGUGAAGCCUUUAAUAAAAUCUGGGCUGAAACUGGGAAAAAACAUUCCAGAAUUCUAUGAACUAAUUACAGCUCCAGCAAUGAAGGUUUUAAAUCACUGGUUUGAGUCUGAGCCACUCCGAGCAACGUUAGCCACUGACUCUGUGAUAGGAGCUAAUACGAGCCCUAACAACCCGGGUAGUGGAUAUGUCCUCUUGCACCACAUUAUGGGUGAGCUGGAAAAGGAGGUGGGAGCCUGGGGUUAUGUGGAAGGGGGCAUGGGUGGCGUCUCCAAGUCCAUUGCUAACUCUGCAUGUUCCCUUGGUGCAGAUAUUUUUACUGAAAAGGAGGUUAGUCAAGUGCUGAUUGGACAAGGUCAUAUUGCCAAUGGAGUUGUGCUGAAAGAUGGUACUGAAGUUCACAGUAAAGUGGUUUUGUCCAAUGCUACCCCCUUUGUAACAUUCAAACAUCUUACCCCACAGGAUGCACUUCCUCCAAAGUUUAUUAAUGCUAUCGAUCAGAUUGAUUAUACCUCCCCUGUGACCAAAAUUAAUGUGGCUGUGGACAAACUCCCAAAUUUCUUAGCUGCCCCUAAUACAGCUGCAGAUGGAAAGCCAGGGCCACAUCACCAGUGUUCCAUUCAUCUCAACUGUGAGAGUGUGGAGAUAUUAGAGGCAGCAUAUAAGGAGGGUCAGCAAGGACGCCCAUCCUCAAGACCUAUGAUCGAGAUGACUAUACCAUCUGUGCUGGAUCCCACUCUCGCCCCACCUGGCUGUCAUGUGGUGUCUUUUUUCACACAGUUUACACCUUACUGGCUGGAAGGGGGACGAGCGUGGACAAAUGAGGACAGGGAAAACUAUGCAAAUACAGUGUUUGAUAGUGUUGAAAGUUAUGCUCCUGGAUUUAAGCAAUCAAUAGUUGGCAAGGAUAUUUUGGCUCCUCCUGAUCUGGAGAGGGAAUUUGGUCUCACUGGAGGGAACAUUUUCCAUGGUGCAAUGUCAUUGGAUCAGCUUUACUUAGCAAGACCUUUGCCCUCGAUUGCACACUACCGCACACCCGUCAAAGGCCUGUAUCUGUGUGGCAGCGGCAGCCAUCCAGGUGGGGGUGUUAUGGGUUCUGCUGGCUGGAAUGCCGCCUUGACCGUCCUGGCUGACUUUAAACACUGAUGAAGUGUCAGCUGAGUCUGACAUACGUGGAGUUCCACACAACAAAGACAUUACAGCUGUCUGAGAUCCCAAAUUAAUGAAGGAGUUAAAUUAACAUAGGCCUCAAUACUGUAAUGGAUUCUGAUCCAUUACAGUAUUGAGGCCAGCAUGUUGUCAAAGCACUUGGUCUGUUGAUGCUUAUGUUUACUGUGCAAGCUCAGCUUAACCAGACUCUUAUGUUAUGGAAUGCAUCCAUCAAUUUUCUGUGCCGCUUGUGCUACACAGGGUCACAGGGAGCCUGAAUUGUAUCCCAGGCAGGAGACCGAGGACACCGUAUCCUAGGGCACAAACCAACAAACACACACACACA